AUGUUGCGCUGGUAUCAAAUGAAGUUGGCAGCUCGCCCUGUCCUUACUCAGAGUGUGACAACGGCAAUUCUUUUCGCAACUGGAGAUGUAUUGGCACAACAAUUGGUUGAAAGAAAGGGUAUCAAAGACCAUGAGAUUGUUCGCACAGGUCGCAUGGCAUUGUAUGGCGGUGCUAUCUUCGGUCCACUUGCUACCAAAUGGUUCAAAUUCCUCCAAACCCACAUCGUCUUAAAGAACAAGAACCUCGAAAUGGCAGCUCGAGUCGCGGCAGAUCAAUGUGUUGUCGCACCUAUCAGUUUGGGCGUGUUCCUUACUACCAUGUCUGUCCUCGAGGGAACCGAUCCAAAGAAGAAGCUCGAAACAAACUACACUACCGCCCUCCAAAAGAAUUAUAUGAUCUGGCCUGCUGUUCAAGCUGUCAACUUCAAACUCGUUCCUCUUGAGCACAGAGUCUUGGUUGUGAACAUCGUCUCUUUGGGUUGGAACUGCUACCUCAGUUACUUAAACGGUCGCAAGUCGGAUAUCACAGUUGGUAAAGUGGUAGAGAAGGUUAAGGAACUUUAG